CGGCUCCUGCUCUCUGGACAUUCAUGAACCAUAAUCAUUAAUAAAAAUGAGUGUCCAUAUGAGAUUUUAACUGAAAACAAAAUGACCUAGAGAACAAAUUUUAAUAAAGCUGUGAUGUAAAGGUUUGUAAAAUACUGUUGGCAGGAGCUACGGUUGCAUUUUUAAUUGAAGAUAUUUCAACAUGGCACAAAUCCAUUUUUUAUUUUCAAACUAGUCAUUAACUGUCAAAACAAUCUCAGUGUGUUCAAAGUUGGAAUAAAGAGAAACAGCGGCACCUACUGCAGGCAACAUUUACAAACCAUUUAUAAAUCUGUUACCCCUGCUACAAAACAUAUAAGAUUCUUUAAGUUAAUUUUGCGGAAAUAUCAUUAUAUUGAAAGUUUUUUAAAAAUGCUAAAAAAAAAUAAAAAAAAAACGUGUCAUACCGCAGUCGUUUAUUGAAGAAUAAGGGGAUUUUCAGCAUUCAAGGAGACACUUGAUAGAAACUGACCAUCUUCAUCUUGGCCCAAAGUUGUUCAUACUUUGGCAGAUUUGAGUUUAAAGUAAUCUUAACCUUACCAACAUUUUUCUGCUGACUGAAAGUAGCGUCGGCAGACCUGGCCAGAACCCCAACUUUAACCUGACAGAGAAUCUAUGGAGAGAGUUACAGAUCAGUGUGACGGCAGCCUCAGAAAUCUGGAACUCGUCAGCAGAGACAAAAUAAUGUUUUGUCUCUGGUGUUUCCAAACUCUGGUGGAAACAUGCAAAAAGCUUCACACACGCUGAAAGACGCCAACACAAAAAUAUAAAUCUACCAAAGGUAUGAAUAAUUAACAAAUUUGCAAAAUGACAAUGUGAUGUCACUAGAAACUACACCUUUACCUAUGGGAUGCAAACAAGUGAGCGCUGCAGGACGUCCCUGGUCAAACAGCACCUGUCUUUAGUUUGGAAACGAAUCAUUUCUCAUCCCUGUUUGAUACAGAAGCUAUUUUCGUACAUCCUUGGACGGUUCAUCGUCUCUCAUCAUUGCAAGUUAAAUAAAUAAAUAAAUAAAUCCUCCAAACAGAUAAAAUUACCUUCCAUUUAAAGAGCUCAGACUUGUUGAGAGUCUGUCCACAAACCUCACCUCCUCCACCGCACGGCGUACAAUGAUAAGGCGCCUGCACAAGGACGCCUCCCAAAGGUAAUUUUGUGAUUAUUCGCUUCCCUUAUCAGGUAAACAGGUGUGCAGCUGGUCUGCGGUUUGUAAAUGUGCGGUGCCGCUGCAGGAACAGCCAUUUGCAUGCGGCAUGUGGUAGACGGCGGUCUGCGGGCCGACUGAGCCGUCAUGCAGUGCUGAUGGACGUACAGUAAGGUAGCCGGACACCCACAACAAGGAAAAAUCCUGCCCAGCCAGAGUCCAUGCAAAUGGGGCCUCACCACUUACCUGAGGUCAGAAAUUAGAUGCAAAUUAGAUGAUUUAAUAUAAAUCCUGGCGAGGGAAUUUCUGACUCAAAGGGCUUCACCUUUGACAGGAGAAUGCUUCACUUGCAGAUAAAACUACUAAUUUAAAAACUUUUAAAGUUAAAAGAAGUGGGAAAUAAUUCAUCUGGAGCUUCAUUUCAGGUAAAUUUUAAUUUUUUUUUUUUACAAACAUUCAUUGCCUUAUUUACGCUUAAUUUGCACGUUACCGUCUAAAUUUCCGAUUAAACCGUAAUGGAAGACUUUAUCUAAACCUAUUUGGGUCUGUUUUCUGUAUAUCAAAAGCCAAAGAUGAGGCUUUUGUCCCGAGGCGCCCUCUCUGACAGUGACUGUGGCCAAUUUUAUUCUGUCACACCAGUGAUGAAUCAUCUGGUUUGAAGUGUGUGAACCUAAUUUUUUUUUUUUUUUUUUUGCCUCCUUGUCAUCUCUCUGAAUGCAGCGAAAUCGAGCCGCCGCAGAGUCCUCCCAUCCCCCCAAACCCAACAAAGACGCCUGACACGGCGUUAUUGAAUUACUCUCAGUAGUUUACGGCUCCGAUGCGUUCGGUGCCGAGAGUCCCGAUAUGUUCGAAAUGAGCAAAUUGGCCCUGUGGGUGCUGACGGGCCUGACGGCCGUCGCCACCGUCUUCUUUAACGUCUACAUCUUUCUGAUGACUCUGUGGAACCAGACGGGGAAGAAGGACAGGAGUCCCAGCGAAAUCAUCAUUAUGGCUCUGGCGGCGGCCGACGUCACCUACCAGCUGAUGUGCUACGCCUGGAUGACCAUGAACGAGGUGGACAGUGACUGCCACAUCGUGAAGAUGUUCUACACCGUCCUGCUGGUGAUCAUCUCCAGCCUCAAGUUCACCAUCAUCUGGGACACGAGCUUCCUCACGUUCUACUACAGCACCAAGCUGGUCAGCACGCCCAACCACUGCUACACCCAGAUCCAAGCCGCCAUCCUCAAGCACGCCACCCUGGCAGUUUUUGUCAUCCCGCUGCUCGGCCUGGCCACCUGCAUGCCGAUCCUGGUGGUGUUCCACAUGGACAACCACACCCAAGAGGCCACCAGCAAGAUGGACUGCGGACUUCUGCUGCCGGAGUCCACCGCCGGUCGGGUGUACGAUGUGAUCUUCCUGUUCCUCUCGGACGUGCUGCCCGGGAUGGUCAUGCUGAAGUGCUGCAUCUCGAUCUCCGUCCACCUGGUCAUCCACCUGCGCCACAUGAAGGCCAGCACCAACGGCGCCCACCCGCCGAAGCUCGACUCGGAGAUGCGGGUGGUCCAGAUGUCCUUGGCCCUGGUGGGGAACUUCCUGAUCUUCCUCGCCGUCGACCUGUACGUCAACUACGACGUUGUGGUGAAACACAAGAACUCCCUGGCUGUCACACUCUUCAUCACGUCCGUCUACGCGACCGUCACGGCCAUGCUCCUCAUCUACGGCAAGAAGACUCUGUGGAAGACGAUGAUACACGACAUCAACACCUGCCUGGACGCGUAUCCGUGUUUGUCCUGCCUGAAGCUGCCCAAGCAAAAAGCUCCACCCGGCAGUCCUCCAAAGGUUAAAAAAUGAAAAUGCAGAUGUUACGCCACCUGUCUGUCACAUUACAAAGUAGCGAAUAACUACAAUUGUAGAUAGCAAAAAAAAGACAAAUUAAUUUGGUAAACUCUGAAAUUUGCUAAAAAAAAAAAAAA